CAGCUUUCUGUCAAAAUCUCCAAAAGGCAGCCGGACCGCCCUGCCCCCCAUCCGUGCUCCGAGCAAGAAGAAAGGCUUUAUCGGUAAGCCUUUGCCCUCCUCUGGCAAAGAGAGGCCUGUGUUCAGCCUCAGCCCUUCUCAUGUGGAGCUCGCGCCAGGCGGCUCAGUCGACAUGGUGCUGACAGGAUCUUCAGACUCCCCCAAGGUUGUUCAGGAGCGCCUGGUGUGCCAUGGCUUUGUGGGUCGACAGGGCUGUAGAGAGCUCAUCAUGUGCGUAGAUCUUACCUGUCGAUGACGAUGACAAUAAGCUGGGGAUAAUCAUGUGUGUGUGUGUGUGUGCUCGCCCCUAUAUAACAGUAAGGCAGGGGCGAGCGAGGGAGAGAGAGAGACCGACCGAGCGAGCGGCGUGUUCUUGUGAACGGAAUAAAUAAAAUAUUGAAACUCACCACCCUGGUGUCGAGUGCCUGUGUCCACAGCCGUACCAACCCACACCGUACAAUAAUCUCUCCAGGAAACCGUUCAAAACUAUUUUAUUAGUUAUUUAAUGUUUCUUUAAUGUACCCUUUUUUUAUAUGUCUCACAGGUCCCAGGAGAGAGACUAAUGCCGCUAUACGAGAAGCUCGUCUUGGAGAAUGUGUUGUCUCUGUCUCUUUCUGUUGAGCUCUCUCUGGUUGAGUCCUUCUCUUUGUGUGAGGCCUCGGGAGCCCAUAGCCCGGCUACCACUAAGUCCAUGACUAUAGGUGAUGGGCAGCAGGCUGAGCUGUGGGUGUGCUUUGACCCAACUUACUGUCAGGAUCGGGUGUCACGAGUCGUGAAAGAGGUCCUCGAGAUACACUACCGGGGGACACCCAAAGCGACACAAGGUGGAGCUGUACGCUGAGGUCCACUUCCCCAACCUUCACUUCUCCGACACCACGGUGGACUUUGGCUGCGUGCUCAACCUUACGGGGGCUCGCAGGGCGAUCGCCAUCACCAACUGCUCUCUGCUGCCCGUGUCCUACCACUGGGUCUUCCUGGGUGACUGGGAACACAGGGCCAUCAGGUGUUUGAUAUCUUGCCGAUAUUCGGUCAUCUGCAACCUGGUGAGCAGCAACAGGUCAUUUUCUGCUUCUACGGCCAAGAGAAUGUCAGCAGCGAGGUGGUAGCACAGUGCCGUGUAGAAGAGGGGCCGACCUAUGAGAUCCGACUCCGAGGAGAGGCAUCUUGAAUCAGCUACAGCCUGUACUCCACGCAUAUCGACUUUGGUCUGCAGCCGUUUGAUCAAGAAAGUGAAGCUGAGGUGACGCUAACCAAUACUGGCAAGAUAGGCUUUAACUUCAGCAUCACACAUCUUCAAAAGAAGGAUGAAGAGGCAGAAGAGGAGGCAGGGGGGUUGAGGAAGGCCCUGGAGGAUGAGCAACAUGUAGAAAGACAUGUCAUACCAGGCCGGCCCGUGGUCAUCCCCGCUCCUUUAGGUCAUCUUUGCACUCUUUUGGAUGUGGGAGGGUAACCUAUCAUGCGUACGGUUGUUGUUGUUUUUUAACCUAGUUCCUUCUCUGUGUGCCAGGGUUACAUUGAUCCCGGUGCGGAGUGAUGUCUGCGUGUGCUCUACCUCCCAGGCACCCCAGAGGUGUUUGAGAGGCAGCUUCAGCUGCAGGUGGCUUUCCUACUGCCGCAGGUCCUCACGCUGACUGGAGAGGGAGUGUUCCCAAGGAUCACCCUUAACUUGCCACAAAACCUGCCAGAGGAGUCUUACAGUGAUUUGGUGCUGCAGUCCAGAAGAGUUGUGGAGGGAGUGGAGCUCAUGAAUGGAACGGCACUUGAUGAAAGACAGACAGCCGAAGCCAAACACCACCUUACAGUUCCUGCUUCCAGAGUAUGUUUUGGAUUUUGGUUAUGUCAUUCCAGCCAUUCCCCACAGUCACAGUGUAAACGUGACAAACACUGGUACAGUGGCUGUGUCCUUCAAAGCCAGUGUCAAACCUCUAGCUGGAACAGGAUUCAGUACAGACUUUAAAAGAGUAAAAAACCUGCCUUGUGGAGAGACGCAGACUUUUACGGUCAAAUUUGACCCACAAACUGCUGACCUGAAGAUGGGGGAUACAAGUGUUGUCAUGCCAAUACAGGUCGUAGGCGGCCCGACGGUCCAGGUGCGGCUGUGUGCUUUGGUGACUGAGCCGGCCGUCACUGUUUCAACUGAUACCCUGCAGUUCGACACUGUGCAAUGUGGCAUGUGUCAGAUGAGGACAAUACAGUUGUUUAAUCACAAGUCUGUGCCGGGCUUCUGGAGUAUAGCUGAGAAGGGAAAGCCUAUCAAAAAGCAUCAAAAGGACUUGCAGAUACAACAACCGCCUGCUGUGGUGUUCAAGAUGAUUCCUGGUGAACAGGUCCAUGUCCAGAUAAAGUUCAACCCUGCUGAGGGGAGUUCUUACAACAGGCAGCUACAUGUCUGUGUGGCUGAGAGCAGCCAGCAGCUGUUCAUUACAGCCCAGGGGCGGGCGGAGGAGCCACAUCUGGAGUUCUGCCCGUCUGUGCUGGAGCUCGGGCCAUGCCUGCCUCUCAACACUGACGUCGAGGUCAACGUCACUGUCAGAAACCCCUGCCCUUUCCCUGUUGAGUUCUACUCCCUGGAAUUAGACACACAGUAUUCCGAAGAAGAAAAGAUCCUGCGUCUUGUUAAGGGUUAUGGCGAGAAUCGCAUAUUACUGCUGCCCCCCAGAGCCCCUGGAGAAAGUCUUCCCCAGGAACUGCUCGAGUACUACCAGGAGCACGGCUCCCAGCUGAAAGACGAUGCAGGACUGAAACAAGGCCUGGAUGAAGAUGAAGCUGUGAUGGUUGACACAUACGAGGAAAGAGACCGCAAAGUGGAAGAAAUGCAUUCUUUUAGUUUGAAACCAGCUGAAUUACUGGUUUCGGAGAUGACCGUAGUGGGAAAUUCCCAGGCACUGGGGCAGCUCGAGAUGACCCCCGUCUCCAGAGUAAUAGCUCGCCACAUGCGUGUGGAUCUGUCGCCUGAGGGUCUGGCUGCACGCAACCGCAGAGGCAUUGCUAUUAUUGUGUAUGGAGCGCCACUGACAGAUAAUGGCAGCUGUGUGGCAGCUCUGGCCCGUCACUACGGAGGGGUAAGCCUGAGUGUUGAUGCCGUGGUUACCGAGGUGCUCGUCAAUGGAACUUCACCUAUCAGCCAGACUGCGACACAACCCUACGACUGUGCUGCCACCCGCUAAUGUUGGGAAGAAGCCUGAGGAGGCUGGUAAGAAGCAAACACGGUGCUUCAGCGGAAAUGGCUCCAAGGCUCCUCGGGGGACCGAGAACACACACUUUACCCGUUGCCUGGUAUAUUUUCUUCUCCUCUGCUCAUCUGCUGCUGCUGUCAACGCAUUGAAGUCCAUGUUUGUAAAUUGAAAAAUUCCUCUACUAAUUUGAGGGUAUGAACCUACUUAAUAUCUGUGUAUAAUUGAAAUAAUA